CAUACGUGGUCGAGUCCGGAGCGCGCGCCACGAACCGCGAUGAUAACACAACAAUUGAUUAUAGCGCAGUGAAAAUCUGCGUCCUUCCGCCGCCGCCUGGCGGAUAAAAAGCGCUAAAACUCGUGACGAUGGUCCGUACGCUCAAUUAACGGGACGAAUUAGGCACGUACCUACCUGAUUUACCUACCAUUAUAAUACCGUUACGGCGGCACGUACAUUCGGCGACCGUAUAGCCUUUACGCCGGUAAUAUAAUAAUAUCGUUAAAUCGCGGCUCCGGCGAAUAGAAAAAAAAAAUGUUUUUUGUUUUUUUGUUUUUUUUUCUAAGCUAAUACGAUUCUGUAUAACACGCUACACGUACACACAUUGUUAAUAUUGUUUUCCGCGUGCGGCACACAACCGGGGUGCCGACCCCAGCUCCCCUCCCUCCAUCCCGCGCCACCAACCGAACAGUUUAAAAACGGUUGUUUUCUCGCCAUGGAAAACCACGGCGAUGGCGGGUCACUGCAGUCGCACAGAAAAGUAGCGCUGAUUACCGGAAUCAACGGCCAGGUACGACAAUAGCAUUCGUAUUCGCAUAGUGAAAUUAUGUACACCAGUGGCGUAGCCAGCGAGUAGGCCUGGUAGGCCCGGGCACUUUUAUUCGAAAAUGAACACGAUUUUAAAAUUUAAAUUUCGUAUCGGCAAUCUUUCCUGUUAAAACGUUUAUAUUAUUUGAUCUGGCCGACCCGGGAAAAUAUUUCUAGCUACGUCUCUGAUGUACACCCGUGACAAUUUUCGUGUCUCGAUUUAUUCGAAUCUGGGCGUAAUAGAGUUAAAAAUUUAAGUUGCAAAAUAGUUACCUAUACUAUUUUUGGUAUUUCCUCUUCUUGAAAAAUUGUUUUCAGAAAUACGCCAACCUGAUUAUAGUGAAAAAGCCUUGUAUCGUUAAGGCAAUAUACAAAUUAUAAUUUAUAAAAUAACAAUAAAUUCGGAAAACCGUCACCGAUCCCGUUAUACGCGUAUUUUGCCAUUUAAUUGAAAAAUAAGUUACGUCAAUUACUUAUUUGGACAUGCAUAAGCUGGACGUGUGCAAUAUAGUUGAUAUUCGGUGCUGUUUUCCGUUACCGCGGACACUGAAUAAGAUCCCUGAAUGAAAAAGCACAUCGCAGAUUUCGAACUUUGGGGGGCUCGAUUAUCUCAAAAAAAAUGUGAUGAGCAGCAAAAAGAAAGAGCUGAUAUUGGAGACGGGUGCAGCCACUGUUGUAGUUGGAAGCAUGCGAUACAUAAAGUUAUUAAAUGUAUACCUGUGUCCAACGAUAAAUCAUUGCUAACAACUAAAUUUUUGGAUAUUUUUUUUUGGGAGGAAGGAGCUCAGAACCCCUAGCCUCCUCGUUAUUUGUGUAUUGCAUAGAGCACCUCCAAACAAAUUCAAAUUUAAAAUAAGGUCUUGAAACCAAGGACCAAGGACCCCAUAAAUUAUUAAGGAGAAGGGACAACCUGCAGGAAAAUUCCGAUUUCCCAAAAAGCGUAACCGCCAUUAGACGUAUUAGAACCUAUGGGAUGGUUGUCUAUGGAAUUCGAUGAAUACAUAAUACGUUUACAUAUGAAUGGUAGGAUAAUUUAUGGUAGGGUUAACAACUUUUACCUUAACUUAAGGAGUUAAAUUAUUAUUUUUCCUAUGAAAAUUCGCAACUUAACUUAGUUAAUACUCAAGAUCAUCAUUUUAAAAUUAACUAUAACAUAGGUAGCUCAGUUAUAAGUAAUAUUAUUAUUUUUAAAUUCUGAGGUCAUCGAGGAAUGUAUUGUCUUUCCAUCAUGAUACGAUAUUUUUAUUUUAUUUUAUUUUACUCUUUUUUGUGUCUGUGAACAUCUUUUCUACGAUAAAUCUUGCUCUGAUUAUCGAAUGCAACGUUUUUUUUUUAAUCGAACUGUACCUGUUUAGUGGUAAUUUUUUAAUUUUCCUUUUAGUUUCUUUAACAAUUGGCAAAACUCAAGGAAAAAUAUCAACGACAGUAAUAACAGUUUAAUUAUUUUAAAAUUGGUUUUUUUAUAGACGUGAUAAAUGUUCAGAGUAUAAUGGACAAAAUUGUAGUAUUUAUAAACAUUUAAUUUUACUGAGGUUUAUUAGUUUUUAUUUGUUUUUGUAUGUCUAAAAUUGUUUUGGCUGAGCAGAAAUGUUUGAACAUUUUAUGCGAUAUUAAUCAAAAAUUGAACUUAGAGGUCAAAAAUAAAGUUGAGCGUAAUGUAGUAGUUUUAUUUUAAAGCUUUCUUAAGUUUAAAAUAUGUCGAAAAACGUAAAAACCCCGGUACCUAUUUCAAAACAUGAUUAACCAAACUUCGCUCAGAAUCGUUUUUCGUUAGCAAUAAUUUAUCGUUUCGUACAAAUAUAAAUUAAAUAACUCUAUAUAUUCUACCUUUGUUAAUAUUAUAUUUUCAGGUCGGAUCUUAUCUGGCCGAAUUCUUACUCGGCAAAGGAUACGAAGUGCACGGUAUCAUACGACGUUCGAGCACGUUCAACACGAACCGCAUCGAUCGCGAUGUCCAACCGUUAUCGUAUUUGCACACUGAUAGCAAAUUUAAACUCCAUUACGGUGACAUGACCGACAGCAGCUGUCUGGUAAUGAUUAUCGGCACCGUGAAACCUACGGAAAUUUAUAAUUUGGCAGCUCAGAGCCACGUAAAGGUAAGGAAACGUCGGUUAGAACCAAGAAGUUUCUAUUAAAGUUUAUAUGAGAGACUAAAAUUCAAUCAAAAAUUGUUAUUUUGAGUUUGAAAUUUGGACUCCAUAUUAGUACUCAUGUACUCUAUAGGAUAUGGCUAUUAAAAUGUUAAAAUAUUUUGAACGUUCAGUUAAGUCUUAUAAAGUUAAAGGUAUUAUACGAUUAAGGUAAACGUCCCACAAAUGCUAUUCAAUUAAUAUAACUAUAGCAGUAGGUACUUUUAAAUAAUAAAACAAAAUAAUAAUUGUACAUUAUCAAAAAAGAAAACAAAAUGCUUGCAAGUGAAAAUAUUUAUUGUUAUCAAUAAAAUGUAUAAACAUUAACUUGUUUGUAUGUAUAUUCUGUACAUAUACAUAAGAUACAGUUAUGCGUACCCAAAUUUUCCCCAAUCAGGUUUAUCCCAUUAUACCCCGACACGUAUACUUCAUUACAGCAGUUGUUGAUAAAUACCACAAAUAGUAGUGAAAAUUCUCAAAAUGUUAAACAUUGAAAGUAUUCAAAUAAAGUUAAGAACAUUAAUCACACAGCGUGAAAAUAAAAUUUAAGAUACCGUAAACAAAAUAUAACACACACUGACGCAUUUAAAAGUGAUAUAACUAUUUAUGAUAUCAAGCAACUAAUAAGAGGAGCGCUUGUGAGUAUUGUAAUGAUUUUAACCGAAAAUGACAUUUUUUAUCACCUGUUACCUCGAGACUAAAGAUCUUAUAUAUUUAAUAGUAAUUUGUUUUCAGUCACGGCCUUGCCUUGAACCAAAAUUUGUUUAUCUUGUUAAACUCACGUUGUUAAGUUUUUCCAUAUCUAUUAAGAUAUUAUCUCUGUUUUUUUUUUUUUGUAAAUUAAUAACAUUUAGAAAUAUCAUAUUAUAUUGGAAUUGUUCUAGAUUUCGUUCGAUCUAAGCGAAUACACGGCCGAAGUGACCGGAAUCGGAACUCUCAGAUUACUAGACGCCAUCAGAACGUGUGGGCUGGAAAACAGCGUACGUUUUUAUCAGGCGUCCACGUCCGACAUGUACGGGAAUGUCGUCGAAAUACCUCAGAACGAAACCACUCCGUUCUACCCCAAAUCUCCAUUCGGUACGAUACUUUUUUUUUCUCCCGUUUUGGAUUAUGGCGAUGUUCGUACAGCACGAAAACAAUGCGUCUUGACGAUUUAUAAUCGUGUGCAAUUAUAAUAAAAUAUACGAUUAACAAAUUUCGUUCAUUUUGAAUUUGUUUGCAUAAUAUACAGGAUGUGCUAAAUUAUACGCUUAUUGGAUCGUAAUCAACUACCGGGAAGCGUACGACAUGUACGCUUGCAACGGGAUUCUGUUCAAUCACGAAAGUCCGAGAAGAGGCGAAGACUUCGUGACGCGAAAAAUCACCAGGUCAGUCGCGAGAAUAGCAACCGGCUCGUUGGACUGUAUAGAAUUGGGAAAUUUGGACUCGAAACGAGAUUGGGGGCACGCCGGAGAUUAUGUCGAAGUAUAAUAUUAUAUGGGAAAUAAUAUGUUUUUUUUAAUAAUUUUAACGUUAAACUUUGCACGGGUAUUUUAUUGUAAAGGCAAUGUGGUUGAUGUUACAACAAGACAGACCGCAAGACUUUGUGAUAGCCACCGGCGAAACGCAUAGCGUCCGAGAGUUUGUCGAAAAAGCGUUCGAGUGCGUCGGGAAAACGAUCGUUUGGGAAGGAAACGGACUGAACGAAGUGGGCAAGGAAAAGAACACUGAUAUCGUACGCGUCAGAAUAAGCGCCAAGUUAUUAAGACUAAUCGACGUCGUAAGUACAUAUUAUGUUUAGUGUUGUACAAACAUAUAAAUCAUAUAAUAUCUAGAUAAAGAUAAAUGAUAAUUGAUUGAAUAUUUUAUGCAGAUGAUGAUAUCAAUUACCCGAAAAUUUAUUCAUCUAGAUGAAAAUAAAUGGUUAGCAUUUUUUUUUUUUUUUCAUCUAGAUAAAGAAAUAAUCAUUUUGUUAAAAUACUUAUCAUAAAACUAAGUUCCAGAAGUAUUAAAAGUAUGACGGAUUUGAUACACAUCGGAAUUUCAAAACGGUUAUAAGUGGUCUUUAAACAGUAUUAAUAUGAAUUUAUUUAAUUGUUCACCUAUCUUUAAUAAAUAAAUAAAUUACAAUUCAAAAUUUACAUUAUCUAAGUUUAUCUAGACGGUUCGAUUAUUGAUAUCAGAUAACGGCUAUUUUAUUUCCUAUUUAUCUAGAUAAAAUAAAAGAUAAAAAGAUACCUAUCUAGAUAAAAAACAACAUUGCAAUUUUAUGAGAUUACCCAUUUUGCAACAUAAGAUGUUUUUUUUUUUUCAGUAUUUUAUGUGCAUCGUAAAAUAUUGAAUUUGCGUAGUAAAAAAUAUUGUACGUUGUUGAAUACAACACGUAUAACACAGUGUGUUACAAUAUAAUUUGUCAACAAUUUUGAACAGUCACUUUGAAAACUUUCAGGAUCUUUUGUUGGGCGAUGCUGCCAAAGCGAAAACCAUACUUGGAUGGUUGCCUAAAGUGAAAUUUGAAGUAAACAUCGAUGUUUUAAAACACAGAUACAUUAUGCACAUCAUAAACAUUUAAUAUACUCGUUUAUACAGGGUGAAUUUUUUUUAUCACAAACCAAUAAUUUUCUCUGAGGAUUUUAAGUGAAUUUUAUUUCUGUUUUUCUAAUCAUUAUGGGAUCGUUUAAGCUUUAUUUUAAAACCAUUUUUAAUUUCUUACCCUUAUUCCAUGUGUCUCAAAUAAGUACAUACUUUUGAUUUUCAAAUAGGGAAGGGUAAUAAAUCGCUUUAAACUGUUAUAAUUCAUAAACGGUAAAUCUGAUAUUGGUGUUAUGCAUAUCAAAAUUUCUAGAAAAAUAGUCCCUAUUCAAAUCUGUGUUCAAAAGGGGUGGGGAAUUCCUAUUUGAAAAUCAAAAGUAUGUACUUAAUUAAGGUAUAUUUUUUACCCCCACUCCAUAGUGGGGGUAAAAAAUUAAAAACGGUUUUAAAAUUAAGCUGAAACGAUUCCACAAUGAUUGGAAAAAAUAGAAAUCAAAUUCACUUAAAAUCCUCCGGGAUAAUUUCCGGUUCGUGAUAAAAAAAAAAUCACCCUGUAUACAUUUUUAAUGUGUUUUUCAGGAACUUGUUCGCGAAAUGGUGGAAGCCGAUCUAAAGCUCGAACAGAAAAUUCUGCUUGUUCAAACUCGCGACUGCGCGCAUACUAACAUUUAAUUAUACAUUAUACUUACCAUAUUAUUAUAACAUUAAUUAUAGCUGUUCUUUUCUGUUUUUAUCAC